AUGGGCUACUUCGCCUACUACGCCGGCGGAAACAUCGACGUGACAGCCGACCAGGUCGACUCGCUCAGCGACGCAGACAUACGAGUUCUCGAGAUGGGCAGCAAGAUGGAAUUCGUGACCUGGUACACGUAUCCAGGCUUCGUCUGGGUCCUGAAGUUCUGCAUCCUGUUCUUCUACCGCCGUCUCACGCUGGGGCUGACGAAGGAGCGGACCCUCAACUUCCUUUUCGUGUUCUGCGGCGUGACCUGGGCCUCCCUGAUCAUAGCCGUGAGCUCGACGUGCAGGCCCUUCCAGAGCAACUGGACCAUCCGCCCGCUGCCGGGGGAGGAGUGCAUCUUCCGUGCUCAGAACUUCAAGGCCCUGGCGGCGCUCAACAUCUCGACUGACGUGGCCAUCCUGACCAUUCCGGCACCGAUGAUCUGGCACCUGCGGAUUCCGCUGUGGAAGCGCGUUGGCGUCACCCUGCUGCUGUGUGGCGGCUUGUUCGUCAUCUCCGCCGCCAUCAUCCGAGCUGCCUUGACACUUACCGGCACGCCCAGCGUCCUCAAUAUCAACCUCUGGGGCUACCGGGAGACGGUGAUAGCAUUGCUCGCAGUCACCGCCCCAGUCCUGAGUCCACUUUUCAGGCCUGGCUUCUGGAGACGGGGCGUAUACGUCGGCCGGCCGGUGGACGAGCAACAACAGGAUGCUGAGCAAGAGAUUGCGGUGAUGGAGAGGAGGCGGAGAAGGAGGCUAAGGGGCAGCUGGUUCUUCGGGAGCAGCUUGUUGCACAGCUCGUUGUUGACGAUCAAGUCGAGUGUCAAGUCGACCGCAUUCACCACCAGGACAAGAGCUGCAGAGGCGGAUCCCGAGAUGGCCGAGGCUCCGGGUCCGAAACAAGAGGCGGUGCCCCCUAUGACAGAACAACCUUCCACCGUCCAGCCGGCGCAGGAGACGGAGGCUCACGGGCAUGAAAGGGAACUCGCUACAACAGAACGUGUCCUGCUGAGACAAGACGUGCCGUCUAACACCGGCGUGGGCUGA